UGUUACUCAAUUCACGUAGCUUGAUACGGGUUUAGUGGGAGGGCUUGCUCGUGUCUGUCAACUACGUGAAGUGAAGUCAACACUUACUAGAUUGCCAGCAAGCUUGUGGAUUUUAAAGCUAGCUAUAGUGAUAUGGAGAACUUUUGUCAGUAUUUAAUUUUUGGUCUUUCUUUGAGAACUGUCAACUAGCCACCUAGCCAGCAAACCAGCAAGCAAUCCGCUGAAAACGAGCUAAAGCCUAGCUGAUACUUAAAUUGCUAGCAAUAUAUUCUCAGUUCGCUGCUAGACUUGCUAGGCUACUGUAGUAUUAGCUCGCGUACUUUGCUGGGGCAGCGAUAACGCUUUGAGGAAGGCCUGACCGAUACACACAGGUAGCUCUCACACGUUAGCGACAAACAUAACUAGGGAAUUCUCACUAUAGUUCUGGCUAGGAUAGAUUGAAAUACUAAUCUGGCUGCAUUAAGUCUGCUGCCAAAGAAGGACAGUGAGUGCAGAUGUCAUCUCCCCGCUAACCUCUGGAUCGCCCUCCUGAAGUCCUAGCUCUAUGAUUUGUGGUGAGGCCAUGUCUGCUGUGAACAUCACCAGAGACAUCCUGCACAGGCAGAUCCGAGACAAGAGAGCAUUGGGCUUUCAAAGGGUCUAUCAUGUGACCGACCCAUUCAUCAAGAGACUUGGACUGGAGGCCGAGCUGCAGGGUCACACAGGGUGUGUCAACUGCCUGGAAUGGAAUGAAAAAGGAGAUUUGCUGGCGUCAGGCUCCGAUGAUCAACAUGUCAUCAUCUGGGAUCCCUUCAAACACAAGAAGCUCACCACUAUGCACACAGGUCACGCUGCAAACAUAUUCUCAGUGAAGUUCCUUCCUCACUCUGGGGAUCGCAUCAUAGUGACGGGUGCUGCGGACACCAAGGUUCACGUCCAUGACAUCACCGCCAAGGAAACCAUCCACAUGUUCUCAGACCACACCAACCGGGUGAAACGCAUCGCCACGGCGCCCAUGUGGCCCAACACUUUCUGGAGCGCGGCAGAAGACGGCCUAAUCAGGCAGUACGACCUGAGGGAGAGCAGUAAACGCUCCGAGGUGCUCAUCGACCUGACGGAGUACUGCGGCCAGCUGGUGGAGGCCAAGUGUCUGGCAGUCAACCCCCGAGACAACAACUACCUGGCAGUGGGCGCCAACGGGCCCUUUGUCCGUCUCUACGACAUCCGCAUGAUCCACAACCACAGGAAGUCGAUGAGUCAGAGCACUUCGGCAGGGGUGCACACGUUCUGCGACCGACAGAAGCCCAUCCCGGACGGAGCCGGGCAGUAUUAUGUUGCAGGGCACCUGCCAGUCAAGCUUCCCGACUACAACAAUCGCCUGAGACUCCUGGUGGCCACGUAUGUGACCUUUAGCCCCGACGGCACUGAGCUGCUUGUUAACAUGGGCGGGGAACAGGUGUACCUAUUUGACCUGACGUUCAAGCAGAAGCCAUACACCUACAUGCUGCCCAAAAAGUGCCAGCCAGCCGCAGAUAUCCAGAAUGGAAAGACGACCAAUGGCGUCUCCAACGGAAUUCACUUGCCUGCCAGUUGCCUUCGAUUGGCUACGAGCAAGAUCUACUCUGGCUCCGGUGAGCUCCCUCCCCAUGUGGAGAGCAUCAAGCAGCGGGCUAACGAGGCGUUCGCCCGGGGCCAGUGGACCCAGGCCAUCCAGCUGUACAGCCUGGGGAUCUACGAGGCCGGCCGCAAUGCCAUGCUGUACGGGAACCGCGCCGCCGCCUACAUGAAGCGCAAGUGGGAUGGUGAUCAUUACGAUGCCCUGCGUGACUGUCUGAAGGCUCUGUCUCUAAACCCCGCCCACCUGAAGGCUCACUUCAGGCUGGCGCGCUGCCUCUUUGAGCUCAAGUACAUUGCCGAGGCUCUGGAGUGUCUGGAUGACUUUAAAGGGAAGUUCCCCGACCAGGCCCACAGCACGGCCUGCGAUGCGCUGGAUAAGGACAUCAAGGCUGCUCUGUUCUCCAAGAACGACUCUGAAGACAAGAAGGCCAGCAGCUCCAUCCGCUUCCACACGUUCAGCCGCAAGGAGUCCAUCCCAGAAGACGAGGUGGUCCUCAGAGAACGCAGCUUCGACUACAAGCACCGCUACUGCGGACACUGCAACACCACCACAGACAUCAAGGAGGCGAACUUCUUUGGGAGUAAAGGCCAGUACAUCGUGAGCGGCUCGGACGACGGCUCGUUCUUCAUCUGGGACAAGGAGACCACCAACCUGGUGAGGAUCCUGCAGGGGGAUGAGUCCAUCGUCAACUGCCUCCAGCCACACCCCAGUUACUGUUUCCUGGCAACCAGUGGCAUCGACCCAGUGGUGAGGCUGUGGAACCCUCGGCCCGAGACGGAGAGUGAGAACGGACGGGUGGUGGAGGACAUGGAGGGCGCGGCCCAGGCCAACCAGCGGCGGAUGAACGCCGACCCCCUGGAGGUGAUGCUGCUGAACAUGGGCUACCGCAUCACAGGCCUCGGCAACCGUGGGCCGGAGGGCUCCGACGACGAGGACAGCUCCGAGGGCCAAGUGCAAUGCCGGCCCAGUUAGAGAGACCACAAAAGCAAGACGGCAACCUUCAGACAUUGAAUACAACCUGGAGGCAGAAUGCAAGGCUACCCCCAACCCCCACCCCCCCCCCCCGACCUCACCUCAAACUCCCUGGCAGUCUUGUCUGUGCAUGUGCGUGUGUGUUUGUGUGUUUGUGUGUGUGUGUGUGUGUGUGUGCGCGUUCACGGAGGGGAAAGCACCAUAGAUGUUCGUUUUCAAUGUUUAAUUCUCCCCUGUAGACGAAAGCGACAUUGGAGCGAAUGUCGCGUCACAUCUCUGCACUAUGCACCACCCUCCCCUAUCCCAGGACACAGGAUUUGAGGAGAGCUGUUUGGAGAAGGGGGAAAUCUGGCGGGUGGGGGUGGGGGGGGGGGGGUGAAGGGGCGGGGUCUCCAGAACACAUACGUCUCCUCGGUGACCCCCUCCGCCGUCUGAGCUAGAAGAUCUUCCUGAAGGAGGAGGGAAUGCCCUAACCGAGCCCUGUGUUCACCCCCUCACGUCGAACGAGGAGAGCCGCACACAACUCUCUCCUCGUGAAGGCUUUGGACAGAAAGGCUGCGAGGCAAAGGCAGGAGCCUCGUGGGAAAUGCGGCCUUUGCCGAGUCCAGAGCCUGGGCCCACACACUCCCACUGUCUCCAGUGGGGGAUCAGACUGGGGCUCUCUGGGCCCCUCCCGGGGGGCGCUGUCAGUUGGAGGAAAAGGAUCACAGCAGAAAGACUGUACCCAUCUCUUCCAUCCAGAGUUGGAUCGUUUCCUUUCCGUUGUCGUUGCUGCGGCGUCGCUGUUGGAACGUCUGUCGAAAAAGUUCUCAAAGCUUCGGUGUGGCUCAAACGGAAUGUGUGGGAGAGGCUUGUGGCGUCGUAUUUUACUUUAAAAACCCUGUCUGAUGAAAAUAGGUUGUUCUUCUCGUCACAGGGCAGAGGAUCCGUGUCACAUUUGCGUUCUAUUUAUCUUUGAUAAGUUCUUCUAGAGUUCCUUACGGCUCCUUUUUAGUGACAGGUAAAAAUUAUUGAUAUUGUUUACUUGUUGUGACGUUCUGACAGUUCAUAUCUGAGGGAGGCCUAGGCUUAUGUAAAGAUACAGGUGACUUAACACACUAUUCCAACAACAUUUAUUAAGUAACGUGUAACCCUGAAGAGACAGGUUAUACGUUUGAUAAGUUAAGCUUCGGGACGGUGUUUGACUAUGUUAAAUCUGACCCCUCUCUAGAGAGAGCGAAGAUAGUAUUAGCAGCUCUGGUCAAAGCACCAGUACGAAUGUCACACGCAUGUCUUAGAGGUAAUGUCAAAGACACUAUAGAUUCGAUGGCAUUUAGGGUCUUGGGAAUUCCCUCACGUGCACUUUCCGUUUCCCGUCCCUGAAUGGAUGGCCGUCACUUUCGGGGAAGCAUCACAAAGGCGGCUCUCCUCCAGUCCUUUCAGAUCCAGCCCUAGUCUAACGCUGCAGGCCUAGAGUAUGUUCCAGGUCUUGCUUACAGUAAACAAGGUUUGUCUAAUGCACUGUAGUGGUGGGCAAAGCAGACAUCAAGCCUGUCAGUCACAUGUCCAACCAAAAACCCUGCACAGUGAAGCCUGUUGGCUCCGAAUAUGUGUGAGGACUUAAUCCUCUACUAGGCUUCCAUGUGUAGUUGUUUUGUUGAAGUCAUCUGGGGUAUUUUUGUUUGAUUUGAUUUGAGGAACCUUGUGACGAUGUUGGCUGCAAAUGGGGGGGAAAUAAAAUAAACGAGGAUUGAUUACGAUGA